GUAUCCUGACACAAACUCCAUGUCUUCAGACACACAGGGCCUAGACCCAGACUGAGCAGAAAGGGACGUAUGGUAACUGUCAGGAACAGGGUAGUGGUGAGGGUUUGGGCUGGGUCACAAAAAAGGAGAAGGGUAAGGGUUUGAGAGAAAACCUAUAGAGUAUUAGGAAAUGAGAACAGGAUUUGCAGGAAUAAGGAUGGAGGGAAGCUAAAUUGGAAAGUGAAUAUUUAGGGUUAAAUCAGGGAUGAAAUCAUAGUUGGGCACAAAAAUCAAUGACUCAACUCCUAAAGCGAGACUUGAAUUAGGGGAAGACACGAGGUAAGGCUAAUCCUGCAGGGAAAGGCUUGCUGAGAAAGGGAAAAACUUGGGAUCUGUUGAUCGGUGGGAAAUACAAGCGAGAGUGAAGUCCUGAGGCUUCUCUUGGGCGAGGAUCAGUUUGGUAUAAGCCCCAGUAAACCCACCCCCUUUCCGGCCGCUCCUUUCCUCCGGUACCUGCAGCCGCCACCACUUUUCGAAGGUAAAUACCUCGUGCUGGAGGACCGGCGUGACGUCAGGGCUGCCCGAGCCCACUGCUCAUACCUUGGGUGGCACGCUUAGGGCGUCUGGCCAGUGCGUGCGCACACCCACAGGUCUGGUGACUUGCUGACUUGCUUGACUGCUUCACCUUGGCCAUGUGACUGGAUCCCACUGUGACACAGCGGACCAGGGAAGUGAAAGCAUCUUGGAGCGGAGAAGGAGGAUCUAGCAGGUCAUCCACUUUACAGACCAGCAGACAGACAGGCGAAAGUCUGACAUCCCGGAACCCAACCGAGUCAUUCUUCGGGGGGCGGGGAGGGGGGCUCCUCGUCCUCGCAGAUUCCUGCGGCGCCACAGCCCGAGCUCUCUUUCGAUUUUGUUAGGCAGUUUUGGCUGACCCCACGACUGCGGGUGAGUCUAGAGUCGGGUGAAGGAGCUCCGCCUUCGGGGGUUCCCCGACGGACGUGGGAGCUGGGCGCAGCGCAGGUUCCCCGGUACUGACCAGACGGUCGGUUCGGGAUAUCGCGCGGGGACGGAGGGCACCACCACCUCGCGCCCUCUCCCCGACCUCAGCUCCGCAGAACUUGAGGCAGGCGGGGUGAAGAAUUGGAAGCAAGAGAAUCAGCUGGAUGUCGGCUAGGUGCCCUGGCGGCGACCAGCUCCGCAGAGCCCGGAGAUGAGGCAGGGCCUCGGACCCCUGCCCCUAGUGCUCUCUCUCUUCUUGCUGAAUCUGCUGGCCCGGCCAGGUGAUGGCAACCAGGGCAGUGCCACCGGAAGGUGUUCCUGCGGUAGGAGAAUUCCUUCUGGCACCCUGGUACCGCCUGCUACUGUGGAUCAUAUCCGAAAACACCUGAAAACAUACGAUCGCUGUCCAUUCUUCAUCAGGUUUCAGUUACCGUCCAGGAGUGUGUGUGGGGGUAGCCAAGACCCGUGGGUUCGGGAACUGGUAAGCUGCUUUGACAGCAAAGAGUGUGGAAAUGGUCACAGGAAGAGUCUCCACCACCAGGAGCAUUUGCCUCAUGCUAGCACCCGGAUCCCAGUGGCCACAGAGGGGACACCUCCAGACACAAGCACCCCUGCACCAAUUCAGAGUACCCGGCAGUCCACUUUUCCACCUGGAACACUGUCCUUGAACAAAGAGCUCACCCACCACAGCGAAUCCACUGCCCUCACGUCAGGCUAUGAAACCACCGUGCUCACUUCAGGCUAUGAUCCGGAAGCUGGACCUGAAGCUGAGGCCAAUAAAAACCGGCGGGAGGGCAACCAGCAAAAAGGAAAGCCAGGAGCUUCAGCUGGCAUACCAGCUGUAGUACCAGUGCUUUCUCUCCUGGCCAUUGUUUUCCUUCUCACAGCAGCCAUAGUCUACAUACUGUGCAACAGGAGGGUGAGAUGGCAGAGCUCUGCAGAUCUGCAGCUCCAUUAUGCACUUGUGAACCAAGAGGCCAGAGCCUGAAGAAGAACGGAAGCUUGUGAGAGCGCACUCGGGAGAUAGAUGGCAGGCUGGGCUCCAUUAGUGAACUGGACCUUCGUUCAUUCUUUCCUAUGCUGUUCUGGAACAAAGUAUUCAGACCACAAUCCGGGGCAGCCUCUACCUCCUAGGUUCCGGGAUUACAGACAUAGCUCACAUCUGCCUUAAUUUACUUCUGUAAAAAAUGUAUAAGUUUUUAGAGUUUUGCCUCAAAUUCCCUAUGUAUCUGAGGAUGACCAUUGAUUCUCCUGCCUCUAUUUCCAUAACUUCCACUUGCUAAACACCGUUUUUUUUUGAGACAGGAUUUUCACUAUUCAGCCCUGGCUGUCCUAGAACUCAGAAAGAUCUGCUUGCUUCUGCAGUAUGGGGAUUAAAGGACUAUACCUGACUGUACCUGAUGCCUGGGAAACACUUUUUUUUUU